AUGGCAAGAUGAGGAAAUUUAGGCUUUCAAGAUAGUGCUUCACCAUUAAUAGAGCAAUUAAUUUUUUUUCAUGAUCAUACUAUAGUUGUGUUAAUUUUAAUUGUUACAUUUGUGGGGUAUAUUAUAUUUUAUUUAUUUUUUAAUUUUUUGGUUAAUCGUUAUUUAUUGGAAAGACAGGAAGUUGAGAUUAUUUGAACUAUUCUACCUGCUAUUAUUUUAAUUUUUAUUGCAUUUCCUUCUUUACGACUUUUGUAUUUAUUAGAUGAAAUUAAUAAUCCUAGGAUUACUUUGAAAACAAUUGGUCAUCAGUGAUAUUGAAGGUAUGAAUAUUCUGAUUUUUUAGAUUUAGAAUUUGAUUCUUAUAUAGUAGGAACGGUAGAUCUUUCUGAGUCUGGGUUCCGUUUAUUAGAUGUAGAUAAUCGUGUAGUGUUACCUAUAAACUCUCAAAUUCGUAUACUUGUUAGGGCUGCUGAUGUUAUUCAUUCUUGAACUGUUCCAGCUUUAGGUAUAAAAGCUGAUGCAAUUCCCGGUCGGUUAAAUCAAAUUAGGUUUUUUAUUAAUCGGCCUGGUUUAUUUUUUGGUCAGUGUUCAGAAAUUUGUGGGGCGAAUCAUAGUUUUAUACCUAUUGUAGUAGAAAGAGUUAGUGUAAAUAGUUUUUUGGAUUGAGUUUCUUCAUGUUUAAAAUCUU